GGCUCUAUGGAUCUUUGCAUCAUUAUUAAAGGAGUCUCGUUCCUCCUGCAGACAGGGCUGGGAGUUCUGGGUAACGUGUCUGUGCUGAUGGCAUACGCUCAUAUCGCUUACUCAGAGUCAUAUCUGCAGCCAGUGGACAGAAUCCUGGCUCAUCUGGCUUUCAGCAACCUACUGCAAAUGCUGACACGUGGUGUCCCACAGACGAUGUUCAUUUUUGGCCUGCACAACCUGCUGGAUGAUCCUGGCUGCAAAAUGGUGAUCUACGCCUACCGCAUUAGCCGUGCCCUCUCUAUCUGCCUCACCGGUAUGCUGAGCUUUUUUCAAGCAGUGACCAUAGCACCGUCAGCUGGGCCAUACUUGACCAAACUCAAAUCUAGACUCUCACAACUGGUCGUACCCACCUUCAUAGGUCUGUGGCUCCUCAACAUGAUUAUCUGCAUCACCUCUCCGCUUUUCUCCACAGCACCUCGGAAUGGCACCGCGCCUGCCUUCACACUCAACCUCGGAUUCUGUCAUGUCAACUUCCAUACCAGCCUGUCAUAUCUGGUGAAUGGCGCAGUCUUCUCAACAAGAGACUUCGCCUUCGUGGCCGUCAUGCUGGCCUCCAGCGGCUACAUCCUCAUCCUCCUGCACAAACACAGCAAGCAGGUCAGGUCCAUCCGACGCGCUCAGCAAGGAACCUCCAUGGAAAUGCGGGCAGCUAAGAGCGUCGUCAUGCUAGUGGUGCUGUACACCGUGUUCUUCGGCAUCGAUAACGUGAUCUGGAUCUACAUGCUCACUGUGGCUCAGGUCCCAGGUGUGGUGGCGGACUUGAGAGUUUUUUUCACAUCAUGCUAUGCGACAUUCAGUCCUUUUCUCAUGAUAAGCACCCAUAAGAAGAUAAAGGAGAGGAUGGUGUGUGCGGCUGGAGAACAGGCAUCUGAGGACUCCACAGAGAAACCGAACACUAAAUAA